GUGAGGGCGGCGUCACUUUGGAUUCCUCUUAGCAACAGUAACAGAGGACCUGCUGUUUAGAACUCGGAGGGGGGAGAAGCUGGAGGAGCAUCUGGUCUGCAGAUCUCACCAUGGAUUCACGCGCGUAAGAUGCUCCUCCACCUGCUCAAACUGAGACACGAGACGUUGGAUAUCCUCAGGCUUUUGUUGGUCUACCAUGAGCCCCCACAGACCUGCAGCAGCAACAAAGCAGAUGUUUUUCCACCCAAACAACCGGGACGCAGCAGCUGGAACGACCUUAUGUAACGUGGUCAUCAGCAUCGUUUCAACCGGUGGAUGAACGCGAUGGUUAAACGAGUCACUCUCUGCAACGGGGACGUCAUUCUUUUGGCAAAAUCAACAAAAGUAAGUCAACAAUUCAACACGUCUCCAAAAAGUUGCCCUGAGAUGGGACGCGCCGCAACUUUUCCACGGAUUUUGCCGUUCCGCGGCCUCGGGGAUUAAUCGGUUCGGUGUCGGAUCGCCCCUCCAAGCUGAACCAUGUCCGUGGACCGGGUCGGAGCCUCCGCGCCGGAGCAGUCCGCGGAGUACUCGGCGGAGUAUUCCGCGCAGAUGCCCGGCGGUGCGGCUCACGGGGCGGGUCGGUCGCGGGACGUCACCGUGGUUCGGCCCGGCUGCUGCGGCUGCCUGCCGCGCGCGGUGCGCCUCACGUUCGCGCCGGCGUCGCUGGAGAGAAUCUACCAGAACUACUUCCGCCGACAGAGGCAGGAGAACCUGCUCGUGCUGGCGGUGUUCGCGGCGCUUUUCAACGCCUUCGUCCUCCUCAUGUGCGCCGUGGCGUACACGCGGGACAGACUGGCCCUGGUGGUGGUCGCGGCGGCGGGGCUGGCCGCGGACGCGGCGCUUUACGCGCUGUGCCGGCUGGAGCUGCUGCGCGCGUCGCCGGUGUUGCGCGGCGCGGUGCCGUACGUCCUGUGGCUGAUGAUCGCCGUGCACGUGCUGUGUUACGCGGGUCUCAACCACGCGCGUUUCCCUCACGCCAGCGACGCGGCGGGCUGGCAGGCGUUCUUCAGCUUCUGCAGCUUUCUGACGCUUCCGCUGAACCUGGCGCCGCUGCUGCUGCUCACGGCCAUCGCCUGCGGGACGCACACCCUGGUUCUGGGCGUCGCCGUGGCCAAGAGGUUCGAGGACAACCUGCAGGGGCCCGUGCUGGCGAGGCAGCUCUUAGCCAACUGGAUGCUGAACCUGUGCGCCGCCGUGGUGGGUGUGAUGUCGUACUACAUGGCGGACAGGAAGUACAGGACGGCCUUUCUGGAGGCCCGUCAGUCCCUGGGGGUGAAGCUCACGCUGGAGGAGCAGAGCACCCAGCAGGAGGAACUCUUACUGUCCAUCCUGCCCAAGCACAUCGCCGAUGAGAUGUUGCGGGGCAUGAAGAGCCAGGCCGAUCAGAACGAGGUCCAGCAUCAGCAGUUCAACACCAUGUACAUGUACCGCCACGAAAACGUCAGUAUCUUGUUUGCUGACAUCGUGGGCUUCACCCAGCUGUCCUCAACCUGCAGCGCCCACGAGCUGGUGAAGCUGCUCAAUGAACUGUUCGCCCGCUUCGAUAAACUGGCAGAAGAACAUCACCAGCUGAGGAUCAAGAUCCUCGGCGACUGUUACUAUUGUAUCUGUGGGCUUCCUGACUUCAGGAAUGACCACGCGGCCUGCUCCAUCAUGAUGGGCCUGGCCAUGGUCGACGCCAUCUCGUACGUGCGAGAGAAAACCCAGACCGACGUGGACAUGCGCGUGGGCGUCCACUCGGGCACCGUGCUGGGCGGCGUGCUCGGCCAGAAGAGGUGGCAGUUUGACGUUUGGUCCACAGACGUCACCGUAGCCAAUAAGAUGGAGUCUGGGGGCAUUCCUGGGAGGGUGCACAUUUCACAGAGCACCAAGGACAGUCUGCACGGGGAAUUUGAGCUGGAGCUGGGGGAUGGAGGAGAGCGCUGCGAGUACCUGCUGGAGAAAGGCAUCGACACUUACUUAGUUCUGGUGCCUAAACAGGUGGCGAACGGGCUCAGCCGACAUAAAUCAGGCACAUUGUCAAACAGAAAUUCAAACCAGUUAAUCAGCACUACAGCGACCAAAGGGAACGCAGCCUCAUGCCAAUCCACCCCCACUGAGUCUAAACAGGAGAGGAAUAAGGUGGUCGAGGAGCAAGUGAUCAACAGACGUUUGCAGCAGGAGCUGCUGGACAGAGAAACUCAGCAAAUAAUGAAGGAUCACCAAAUCAACCCUCUGUCGUUGCGUUUUCUGGACGCACAGUUGGAGGAGCAGUACUCCGCGGAGAAGGAGAAGCGGAGCGGAGCGGCCUUCUGCUGCUGCGCCAUCGUGCUCUUCUUCGUCACAGCGAUGGAGGUGUUCAUAGACCCCCUGCUGGCUGUGAACUACGUGACUCUGGCGGUAGGAGAGGGGUUGUUGCUCGUCCUCACCGUGUGCUCCCUGGCCGCCAUCUUUCCCAGGAUGUUCUCUAAGCGGUUGGUGUCUUUCUCGGUGUGGAUCGAUCGCACGCGGUGGGCCAGAAACACAUGGGCCAUGGCGGCCAUAUUUGUUCUCACCAUGGCUGUGAUCGCUGACAUGCUGAGCUGUGCUCCACCGUCCCUUCGAGUCUUCAACAGCACCUCCGGCCCCGUGCUGGAGUCCCUGGGGGACCGAGGCUGCGCAGACAAUCCAAAGCACUACAGCUUCAUGGCUGUGAUGUCACUCAUCGCCACCGCCAUGUUGGUGCAGGUCGGCCACCUGAUCAAACUGGGCCUCAUGGUGCUGGUCGUCACAGCAACUGGUGCCGUGAAUAUCUACAGCUGGCGGGACAUAUAUGACCUGUACGACUAUAUACAGUUUGCCUCAUACAGAACAUCCACAGUGCCGUCCAAGUACCUGAUGACCGUGAUGAUCAUUGUCAUGAUGAUUGACUUCUACCUCUUUGCGCGCCAUCUGGAGCUCCAGUCCAGGAAGCUGUUCCUGUGGAAGAUGGGUGUGCACGACCAGAAGGAGAGGGUGUUUGAGAUGAGACGCUGGAACGAAGCUCUGGUCACCAACAUGCUGCCGGAGCACGUGGCCAAACACUUCCUGGGCUCCAAAAAGAGAGACGAGGACCUGUACAGCCAGUCUUACAAUGAAAUAGGUGUGAUGUUUGCGUCCAUCCCCAACUUCUCUGACUUCUACACUGAAGAGAGCAUCAACAACGGAGGCCUCGAGUGUCUCAGGAUUCUCAAUGAGAUCAUCUCUGACUUUGACAGCUUACUGGACAGGGAUGAGUUCCGCUACAUCACUAAGAUCAAGACAAUAGGCAGCACCUACAUGGCUGCAUCGGGACUCACGCCAGAGAGCAACACAAACGAAUACAGCAACCGCAAGCCGGAGGACCAGUCACUGAUCGAGCGCUGGCAACACCUCGCCGACCUGGCGGACUUUGCCUUGGCCAUGAAGGUCACCUUGAACAACCUGAACAAACAGUCCUUCAACAACUUCAUGCUUCGGAUCGGUCUGAACGAGGGCGGAGUUUUGGCUGGAGUCAUUGGAGCUCGCAAACCUCACUACGAUAUCUGGGGCAACACGGUCAACGUAGCCAGCAGGAUGGAGUCCACCGGAGUGAUGGGGAACAUCCAGGUGGUGGAGGACUGCUACGACAUCCUGAAGGAGUACGGCUUCCGCUUCAUCCGGAGGGGGCCCAUAUUUGUCAAAGGGAAAGGGGACCUGCUAACCUUCUUCAUGAAGGGAAAAGACAAACCCAGGAGCAACCGAGCUCCGGUGGCCACUGUCCUGCCACACCAAGUCGGUGACCACUGAAUAUUCCCACCGGGCGAAAAGACGUUAGUUUACAUGAUAAGCAGGGGGACAAUGUCCACGUGGUCCAUUUCCUCUCAUACACACCGGUUACUUACGUAUGUCUUUAUGUAGAACAUAAUACAAUUAAAAGCACUACAACCGGGGAAUACGGUUUCACCCAUAAAGAAGCGUAAUACGGUCAACUGAUUUUGUAUAGUUGUACAUAAUUCAGAAAUGGAAUGAGAAUAACCAGCUUGGGACUGAUAUAUAAAGCACUCUCCUUUGUUUAAUCUAUUUUGUUAUAUUUAGUAAUUGUCUAAAUAUUGUGCUUAAUCACAUUGUAAUUAUACUGUGGUAAUAAAAAAUGUUUGCGUUUUGUUUCUGAGAUUA